AUGGCGUCUUAUCAAUACCGCAACUCUUACUACGGACAACCUCCCCAGGAAAAGUACGACGGCGGCUUCGAUCGACGUCCUACCGGCGAUAGGCGAGGCGACAGGUCGGCGAGGGCCAGCGACGGCACCGUCAGCACCAUGAUGAGCACAUCGACAGGCCGGGAGUCGUCGGGGACGGCGAUGACCGAAGGCCCUGCCUACUCCAAGAAGAUUGUUGUGGUUGGCGAUGGCGGCUGCGGAAAGACGUGCCUCCUGAUCAGCUACAGCCAAGGAUAUUUCCCCGAGAAAUACGUUCCUACCGUCUUUGAGAACUACAUCACAUACCCGACGCACCCUCCCACUGGUAAGACCGUCGAGCUGGCUCUUUGGGACACUGCCGGACAAGAAGAGUACGACCGCCUACGGCCGCUCUCUUACCCCGAGACUGACCUCAUCUUUGUCUGUUUCGCCAUCGACUGCCCCAACUCUCUGGAGAAUGUGAUGGACAAGUGGUAUCCUGAAGUUCUACACUUCUGCCCCUACACCCCGCUCGUCCUUGUCGGGCUCAAGUCCGACUUGCGCUUCAAGAAGACCUGCAUUGACAUGCUCAAGACCCAGGGCCUGACGCCCGUGACCACGGAGCAGGGCCUUGCCGUUGCCAAGAAGAUGGGCGCCCAGUACAUGGAGUGCAGCAGCAAGGAGAUGAAGGGCGUCGACGAGAUCUUUGAGCGGGCCAUCCUCACGGUUGUGGCUAAUGACCGGAAAAAUCUCGAGAUGCAGGCCGCCGCCACCUACGGCAACAGCUCAACAGGCGGCAACAGCGGUGGCGGCAGUUUCCCUGGCGUCAACGGGCCUCCUAAGAAGAGGAAGAGAAAGUGCAUCGCCUUGUAA